AUGGAACAUGAGAAUCAGACUGUUGUAAAAGAGUUCAUUCUCCAGGGAUUGGCACGGAACUGGGAGCUGCAGCUGUUCACCUCUGCUCUGCUUCUACUCUUUUAUAUCAUCAUUUUGCCUGGGAAUAUCCUUAUCAUCAUAACAAUUCGGUGUGAUCCCCAGCUAGGGUCCCCCAUGUUUUUCUUCUUGGCCAAUCUGGCUUUAAUGGACAUCUGCUACAGCAUGGUUAUUCCUCCAAAGAUGAUGGCCAACCUCUUCACUCGUCAGAAGACCAUCUCCUACCAAGGCUGCAUGGCUCAGAUUUUUUUCAUCCACUUCCUGGGUGGGGCUGAGGUGUAUCUUAUUAUAGCCAUGGCCGUUGACCGGUAUGUGGCUAUUUGCCACCCUUUACAUUAUGCCACCAUGGUGACCAGAGCAGUUUGCUGGGUGAUGGUAUUAUGCGCAUGGGGUGGAGGGUUCAUACACACUAUGAUCCAGAUGAGUGUCAUCCUCCCGCUCCCUUUCUGUGGCCCAAAUGAAGUGGACAACUUCUUCUGCGACGUUACCCAGAUCAUCAGGUUAGCCUGCGCCAACAUCUACUCCUUGGAGUACCUCAUGUUUAUCAACAGUGGCCUGGUCACCACCAUGUGCUUCAUCCUCCUCCUCAUCUCCUACAGUGCCCUGCUCAUCAAGGUGAAGAUGGUCUCCGGCCAAGGGAAGAGCAAAGCUGCUUCCACCUGCAUCACCCACAUCAUCAUCAUCUUCGUCAUGUUAGGUCCUGCCAUUUACAUUUACUGUCAUCCAUUCCAGGACUUCCCCUUUGACAAGUUGGUGGGUUUCUUCCACACUGUGGUCUUUCCCUUGAUGAAUCCCAUGAUCUACACCUUGAGGAACAAAGAGGUCAAAGUUGCUGUGAUGAGACUGCUAAACAAGUACAAUGUUAUAAGGCUUAAAUGA